AGAGAAUUUAAAAAUCACAGCCAAUAGUUGUAGCGUUACCAACGUUACGCACGCGUAUAGAAUAUUAAAAAUAACCUUUUACAUAUGUACAUAUGUGUGAAAAAAAGUUCGGGAUCUGCCUUUAAAACUAACUCUUGAGUGAAAGUGCAACAAAAGCAAUACACGCACACAUAAAAAUAUAUGAAACGCCCAAGUGAAGUUACUGUUGAGGCAGCCGCUAACAGUCUUGGCCUUGGUUACACCUAAAGCUGCGAAAAAUAAAUAAAAAGUAAAGUUAAUGAAAAUAAAGUGCGUGUUGUUGUUCAAAAAAAUAAUAAAACAAAAUCGAACCCGCAAAACCAACCACGCAGGCGAGUAAAGAAAAAACUACCUGUUCUGCUUGCCAAGAUCUGCAGUAGCCGAAAAAUACAACAACAAAAACAACUGUUGCGCCAGUCGUGUUUUUUUUUCGAGUGCUUCUCCCUCUCUCUCUCUUUUGCAUUAGCAUGUGUGUGUAUGUGUAUGUGAGCGUGUUAAUAAAUCUGUAGUGCAUGUUUUUAAAACAAAUAUCUGUGCGUGUUCUUUGUGGGUGUUUUAAAAUUGAAUGUGAGUGCAAAAUCUUCACGAGACAAGCUGUGUGGUGAGCGAUUCCAACUAACGGUACACAACAACUCGUUGAUCGCGGUUUUUGUUGUUGCUUUUGGUGGCACGUACAACAUACCAAUUGGAUAAAAAUUCUUUUCAACAACAGUUUUAACAGUCAUUGUCCACAAGCCCAAUUAUGGCGCCCAUGCCACGCAUUAAGAUGCCUAAUAAUGGCAAUAUCAAGUCCAGCACAAAUAAUUUUCUGUACGCGGAAACUGUGUCUGGCGACAGCAGUCCCACGCCUAGUAGUCCGCCAUCCAGCACAGCGGAUGUCGCUAAAUCACAGUGCUCUUCGCUGUCCGAUGGGGAAUCCUUCGAGGGCUAUGGUGAAAAUGAAUUUGGUGGCGUGCCGAUUCAGGAGACCUCAGCGAAUGGUAAUCGGAGUGGAAGUAGCGGUGUCGGCAGCAGCUCCCAGCACAAUCACAGUGGACACUCAAAUGAUGGCAACAACAAUUUGAAUGGCAGUGCUGGUGUCGAGUUGGAGUUGGCGCCACAUGUGGGCAGCAGCUCCACACCACAGGAUGAUGACGAGUUAAACAUCAUGCCGCGCGACAAUUGGGCCAGACGGAGUCUGCGUCGCACACCCACAAGCAACGCCGAUAGCUUAUCACAGCGUCGCUGGGGCUCCAUGAGACAAUCCGGUCGGAGGCAGAUUAGUUCCAAUGCCUUAGCCAGCCAACUCUACAGAUCAUCGAGUUUCAACUCAUCGGGCCGUAGCUCCAACUGUGAUACAACCGAAGACAUGUACAGCGACAUUAGUUUGGAGAAUCGGCAUGAUUACGAUUAUAGGUUGGAGCUGCUGCAACGCAAGGUGGACGAUUUGUCGGAUACACAGAAUAUAGCCGAGGAUCGCACGACGCGCACAAAAACUGAAUAUGCUGUGCUCCAGGCGCGUUAUCACAUGCUCGAGGAGCAAUUCAGAGAGUCGGAGCUGCGUGCCGAGGAACGUCUGGCCGAGGAGCAGAAACGGCACCGCGAGAUACUCGCACGCGUCGAGCGGGAGGCGGCGCUACAAAACGAAAACUGUCAGAUGAAAAUCAAAGCAACCGAAAUUGAGGCCAACGCCCUGCGCGAUGAGGCGCAACGUUUGCGUGUGCUGUGCGAUAAGCAGGCCAAUGAUUUGCAUCGCACCGAGGAGCAGUUGGAGUUGGCACGCAGUCAUGUGGCCGCACUGCAGCAGGAAUACGAUGAGGCAUUGCAGCAGCAGCGCAAGCACGAACAGGAAAAGAAAUCCACAGAGGAGCUUAUGCUCGAGCUAAGCCGUGAGCUGCAGCGUGCCCGGGAGGAGAAUGGGGCGCGUGCGAUGCCAACAACAUCGCCGGAAAGCAUAAGACUGGAAGAGCUGCAUCAGGAGCUGGAGGAGAUGCGGCAAAAGAAUAGAACCCUGGAGGAGCAGAACGAGGAGCUGCAAGCGGCGGUACUGACGCGUGGCGUCGAGGAAGGUCGUCAUCUAUUGAAUGGCACGCUCAACAGUUUGGCCCAAGAGCUGGAGGAGAUGUCGCAAGCUCAGCUGCAACAAGCCUUCCAGGAAAAGGAGGAUGAAAAUACCCGCCUAAAGCAUUACAUUGAUACCAUCUUACUCAAUAUCGUGGAGAACUAUCCGCAAUUGCUCGAAGUGAAGCCCAUCGAGCGCAAGUGAACAAAAAUAAGCAUCAAUAAUAUUAACAAAAACAACAACAACAACCAACUAAGCAACACAAGACGUGUCGCUGGACAGUCUAACUUAACAUUAAUUACAACUAAACUAAUGAACUAUGAAUAGCUUUUAAGCCAAGCCCCAUACAUACUAUUUAUAUAAAAGUUAAGUCAUAACUUAUUUUAUAAAAAUUUAAUGUAUAAUUUUAAAACCGAAACAACACAUGCACUUUUUGGCAAAUCAGUUGAAAACAAUUUUUGUUCUUCUUGUUUAAAAAUAUUUUUGUAAAUGGCCAAUAUUUCAACCAAUACGGUUACCACUGUUUUGUAAAGCCAAUGAUUAAAAGCUGAAUGUUUGUAUAAAAUGUAGGGCCAGAGAAAUGUUUCGUUCAUCAAAUGAUAUUGUUUAUAGUUGUGUAGUGUUGUUAAUAAGGCCUGAAGAUAUUAAUAUGUAAUGGUUAAGAUCAUUUUAAAUGCAACAAUAAUUUAUUGUAUAAAACAGAACUAUUUUAAUACGCGAAUUGUAAAACAUUCUUAAUAAUUGCCGAAUACGUGUUUUUGAAGCUUACUCGGGCCGGACGUUGCAAAGUCCAGGAUUUGGAUUUGGAUAGUGUGCCACGAUUAUAUUUGCUAAAUGAUUUUUAACAAAUAGUUGUUCAUUGUACUAAAGACAAGCACUCAUGGCAUUAAAAUGACAGUAUGGAGUCGAAAUCUUCGGUUCUUUUAAGAAAUGCCAAUCGUUUCUCGGUCUCUUCAUAGAGUCGUUCCCUUUUCAUUUCUAACACGAAAUUGUAUUGAUAUUUUACAAUUUUUAAAUCUUUUUUAAACUGUAGUUUUUCUUAUCUGUUUGUAUUAAUUUUCAUUGCAACUCUUUCUCCAAUUUCUCUCGCUAUAUUCAAUCUUUGCCAAUAACUACUCUAUAUAGUAUGUCAUUUUGAAAAAAAGUUUUUAAGUAAUAUCUGUCACUAGCAACUCCCACUUUAAGAAACCAAGAAAGUUACUAAACAAUUUGCGUUUACGGUAUGGACAAUCCCAGAACAUAUAGUUGAAGUUUAAGUUGACCUAAGAGUGACAUGCUAUUAUCAAGAAUGGAAAGAAACGAAAAAUAAACAAUUAAUUAAUUAAACCGAGAACAAACAUUUAAUAUUAUCGAUUAAACAAUAAAACAAUAGUGUUUGCAAAUCAUAUAGAAGGGAUAGUGGAAAACUGUUUUACAACACUGAACGGAAGUCUGUUGUAGACAGACUCAAUAGUUUUUAAAGGCGAUUCUUAAUAGUAUAGACUUAACAAAUAAUCUAAAACUCUAGCGGUCAAAACACCCCCUAAAUUAAGCAUCCCAUACAAUUGGAAAAGAAUAAUCAAAAUUUGUUGCCUUACAUGUUUGUUAAAUUAUAUAUUAAAAAAAGAGAGAUAAAAUAAAUAAAAUUUAAGGCUGUAGAUAACAUUAACAAUGCGCAUUGGCUUUUCAAGUCCAUUAAACUAUUACCUUAUAUUAAAAUGUAACUUACAAUGCAACAUUUUGUGCGUGUUGCGCAAGAACUUAUUAAAAAAUAAAAACGUAUUUUAUAAAAAAAGAAA